AUGACAGACGAGAAAGACAUUGAGCGUACUUCGCGCCUGCUCGCGCGUGCUAAAGUAAAGCGUACUACCAUUAUAUCGCAGAUUCGAGCUAUACAUACUAUGGCGUUGCGCGUACAAUCAGAGCCUGAUCUAGCCUCAGAGUUUGCGUUAAACGCGGCUGAUUUAGACGCGCUAUGGUUUCAAUUUCGGACGGAUGACGAUUCCGUAUUAGACCUUUUAGCGGCGUCCGAUAAGCUCGCCGACUAUUCACCCGACAUGAUAGCGGAGGUACGCCAACUAAUUAACUCGGCUAAAAAUAUCGCCCAGCGGUUAAUCCCGACAGGUGCCGACGCCGUCGACUUGUCGUAUCUCCGAGAGGGGACAUUAAGUGUCCAGAAAUCGCGCGAGGAUCCGGUUAAGUCACUCUCCCGCUUACCUGAUAUACCUCUACCCUCGUUCGAGGGUGAUUACCGAUCGUGGCCCAAUUUUCGCGAUAGAUUUUCCGCGCUUGUCCAUAAGCGAUCUAAUUUAUCAAACAUCGAUAAGAUGUACUAUCUAAUAGGUUGUCUAAAAGGUGCCGCAGCCGACGCUGUCCGAGGCAUACCGGUGUCGGCGGACAAUUACGAGUUAGUAAUGAGCACCUUAUCUGACAAAUUUAAUCGACCGCGUUUGGUCGCCACGUCACUCGUCGACAAGCUACUGCAAUCGUCGGCCAUGACACAAGAGUCGCUUAACGACUUGAACACAUUUGUAGGCACGUUCAGUGAAUCCAUCUCAUUAUUAGACGCGCUAAAAAUACCAGACUCUGGGUCUUUUAUUUUAUUUUCUAUAGCGUUUCGACGUUUACCAGUUUCUACCCGCAAAUUAUUUGAAGCGAAUAGUACAGUCGAUUACCCGUCGAUAGGACAAUUAUUAGACUUUCUCCGGUCCCGAGUGGCCAUUCUCGAAGUUGUGGGCGAAUCCCACAAAAGUAGUACUAAUAAUGCGCCGUCAAAGUCGACAGGCGGCGACGUAUAUGCGUCAAUAAUGGACGGUCGAAAAUUUUCGGUGGACAAAGCUUUACCUACGGCGUUUAGUUCGGUCUUUGGUUGGAUCUUAAUCGGUCCAGUGGACGCCCGAGAGGCUCACCCGUAUCAAUCGGUGCCGGUCGCUAUGACUGUUUCCAUUGAAGGGUUAAUGGAACGGUUCUGGCAGGUUGAGGAGCCAGCGGCUGCGCCCGCGACGUUCACGGACGAGGGGCGUUGUGAAAAAUUAUUUUGUGAACAAUCUAUACGUUUGCCGUGUGGCCGUUUUUCGGUACCGUUGCCCUUUCGUGCUCCGCCGUCAGCUGAUACAUUUGUCGGGUCCCGCGAACUCGCGGUGCGCCGUUUUGACGCACUCGAACGUAAAUUGGCUACAAGCCCUCAAUUAAAAUCUUUAUAUGUCCAAUUCAUGUCGGAAUACAUUUCGCUAGGUCAUAUGUCCGUCGCAACGUCCCCGGGACGUUAUUUUAUUCCGCACCAUGCGGUGUACCGUCCGGCGAUCGACGAAAAUAAAAUACGCGUUGUAUUCGACGCUUCCGCGCAAAGUAGUCGCGGACCGUCAUUGAAUAAUUGUUUGUUUACCGGUCCUAAAUUACAACAGGACAUAGUCGACAUUUUGACUAGAUUUCGGGUCCCCAAGUACGUUUUUACGACCGACAUCUGCAAAAUGUAUAGACAAAUAUUAAUUUUACCGGAAUAUCGUCAAUUCCAACAUAUUUUAUGGCGACCGUCGCCACACGACGCACUUGUAGAAUAUGAGCUAAAUACCGUCACGUACGGCGUUAAUUGCGCGCCUUAUCUCGCUCUACGCGUGUUACAAACUAUCGCAUCCGAUGAUUGCGAUAAUUUCGAGUUUGUGGGUAAUGCGUUGACACGUCAAACCUAUGUCGACGACAUUUGCGACGGGGCAGAUACAAUUUCGAACGUAUUAAAAUUGCAGUCCGAUUUAAUCUCUGUUAUGAACAAAUCGGGAUUAGAACUGAAAAAGUGGGCGUCAAAUACGCCACGCGUUUUAGACGCGGUAUCAGCCGCAGAUCGCGUGUGUGCGCCUAUGCCAUUCGAAUCGGUCGACGGCUACGGUACCAAGGUGCUCGGCUUACAAUGGCAUCCCGAGGGGGAUUUUUUCUGUUGCGCGUUAAGUCUCGACUCAGCACCCGUAUGCACUAAACGUGGCAUUCUUUCUUUAGUAGCGCGUAUAUUCGACCCGCUAGGUGUGUUCGCUCCCGCGGUAUUUUUAGCUAAGUCUAUAAUGCAGCGUACCUGGCAACUUGGCAUGACUUGGGAUGAGCCUUUACCAAACAAUAUUCACGACGAAUGGAUCGCGUUCGUCUCCGACUUACCGUCGUUAUUAAAUAUUCGGGUUCCGCGUCAUUUGAACUCGAGUCGCGGCGCGCCGUGCUAUUUAAUUGGAUUUUGUGACGCCUCGCAACUCGGCUACGCGGCGGUCGUGUAUGUGCGCAUGGCUGACGUCGAUGUUAACGCGUCCGUAUUUUUAAUUGGUACAAAAACUAAAUUAGCGCCCAUAAAAUCAUUAACCAUCCCCCGAUUAGAAUUAAACGCCGCGUUGUUAUUGGCUCGAUGGUUAAGUCGCGUCCGCGACAUUUUGGCCCCGCAACUUAAUAUUGUCGGUAUAAAUGCGUGGUCAGAUUCCACGAUAGUGUUAUCAUGGUUAAGUGCCCCACACGAAGCAUUUAAAAUUUAUGUGUCGAAUCGAGUGCACCAAGUUCGCAAUUUACUGCCGGAUUGUCGAUGGCGGCAUGUUGACUCGGUCAAUAACCCCGCCGACUGCGCGUCGCGUGGCAUCAUGCCGGCUGCUCUAGCGCAGCACAAAUUGUAUUGGCACGGCCCACAACUAGCGUACGGCGACCCAUCGGAAUGGGAUGAUGCUCGUUCGCCGCUACCGUUAUGUGACCUGCCCGAACUUCGUCCAGUGUCCUGCGCCGCCCGUGUUGACGAAAUUAAAGUCGAAUGGUUUAAUCGUUUUUCUAGUUACGACCGUAUGUUACGAGUAGUGGCGUAUAUGCGCCGGUUUAUUGCCGCCGGUAUUCGUCGAGUACGUCGACAACCGGACCACAUCGCGCCCGCAUAUUUGCAAAAGUCGGAACUAGAUAACGCCGCUCGUAUAUUAGAGGCUGAGUCACAGCGCGUACAUUUCGCCGUGCUGUUACAUGAAUUGUCGACAGGUAAACAUGUUUCGUCCAAGCCGCUUGCUCGUUUAGCACCCUUUAUAGACCCGGACGGUGUCAUCCGCGUUGGCGGACGCCUGCGGCAUUCAUUAUUAACUUAUGAUUGCAAGCAUCCGAUUUUGUUGGCCAAGCGUUCGUAUUACGCAUAUUUAUUGUGCCAUCGUUGGCACCUGGUGACUUGUCAUGCGGGCCCGCGAGUUCUUACCGCGCUUAUUUCACGUCGAUUUUGGAUCAUAUCGCUUCGAUCGGUGUUGCAUAGUAUUAUUACAAACUGUUCGGUUUGUGUGCGGUUUGAUGCUAAACGCGUACAGCCGUUAAUGGCAGACUUGCCCGACACUCGUGUCCAACAGCGACGACCCUUCGAACGUGUAGGCGUUGAUUAUGCGGGCCCCCUACAAAUGCGCGAAACUAGACUACGCAGAUCCCGCAUUUUCAAAAUUUAUAUUGCGGUUUUUAUUUGUUUCACUACGAAAGCUGUCCACCUCGAAGUGGUGACCGACCUGUCGACCGACGCCUUUCUAGCUGCGUUCGAUCGUUUUAUUGCCCGUCGAGGUUUACCAAGCGACGUGUUCUCGGACUGCGGCACUAAUUUCGUCGGGGCUGAUAAGAAAUUACGCGCGCUUAUCCACAGCCCGGAGGGCCGGGCCGCUAUCGCCAAUUCGCGUGCUAUCUGCGAGUGGCACUUCAAUCCGCCUAGCGCCCCCCAUUUCGGAGGCUUAUGGGAAGCGGCGGUGCGAUCGACGAAACGCCUUUUAAUACGAGUCAUAGGGACACACAUCUUCACGUACGAAGAGUUUACGACCAUAUUAGCGCGCGUAGAGGCCGUUUUAAACUCGCGUCCGCUCACGCCCGCCUCGACGGAUCCGCAUGAUCUCGAGUGUUUGACGCCUAGUCAUUUUUUAAUAGGUCAACCGCUUCUUACCGUUCCGCCUAGAUCGGGUCCAGAGCCCGCCCGUAGUUUAACCGAUCGGUGGAAGUUGAGGGAUCAGUGCCAUCAGUCUUUUUGGCGCCGUUGGUCCUCUGAGUAUCUGACUACGCUACAGGAGAGGUCCAAGUGGACCAAGGGUGUCCCCAAUGUGAAGGUGGACGAUAUGGUCGUGGUAGUAGACAACCAAAGCCCCCCCCUAAGGUGGCGACUCGGUCGUAUAGUAGAGUUGUUUCCAGGUACUGAUGGUCAUGUCCGUGUCGCUCGAGUUAUAACGCAAGCAGGUAGCGUCGUACGACCAGUGGUUAAACUCGUGCUGUUACCCACCAAGUAA